AGGAGCAGGGGACAAUGCACAGAGGUGGCUCCAGCUAUGGGACUCCUGCAUGGUUUGGGUCUUUGCACAUUGGGGGUAGGAAGCAGCACUGGGCUUCAUGACCCAUUCCUCCUUCUAAAGGAAAACCCUGCAGGACCCACCCGCUGAUCUGGUGACAUUAAAAAACCAGUCACUGCAUUCAGGGUACCCCUGAAUCUUGGAAACUCUCCUGAACAUCAGUACAGUUACUCAGAUCUUUGCAAGAAAGUGGGAAGGAUGAAAGAAAAGCAAGGUGGUCUUGUGCACAGUCAAUACGUGAGAGGAGCUGCCACGCAGGGAGGGGAUGCAUCCUGGUGGGGUAUGGGUGGUGUGAGCGUGGACAUCUCCGCAUCCCACCAUCGACCACCAUCGAGCAGCUCCCGGCUGCCUGCGAUUCUCCGGCUGCCAGGUUUGGAGGCAGCGCUGGGGCUAGAGCCAUUCCCCAGCAGGAUGCGCGAGCCUUCGGUUGCCAUAACAACUGGAUUCAGGCUUCAAAAAUAGUAACUUAUUUUUCAUUCAAUUUGCCUUUUGCCCUCUGAGACAGAUCUAUUUCGGGACUGAUGGUUCACUUCAGGUGCCCCUUGCAAGUGCCCCCACCAGCGGGCUGGGGGUUAUGUUGUUAAACGCGGUUUAUCACCAUUGUCUCUCCCUCCCCUAUUCAGGCCCAGAGGAAAGGUAAAGCAGGGCACAGGCAUCAUGAAAUAGCCUUUGCCAAAGCCUUGUCAUCUGGAAGGCUGGGGAAGGAACUUGAAUAAAAUCUUCCCAGCUAAGUGGCAGAGUGUGGGAGAGAUUUUUGGAGAUGAUCUCACUCUGCAUCUCAGCUUGGACCUGCUGCUCUCAGCCGGGGCUCGGCUGUCCCAGAUAUGCUGGGAAGGUCCUACCAAAGAUGGGGCUUAUUUUGUUCCCCCUGCACCUCCUGGAUCCUGCUGUUAUCAGUGCAGUCCCCAAUGGUGUCCUCCAUCCACGAUGGGAAAUGUGCAGGAAGGUUGACCCCACUGCCAGCUCCCAGCACUGGGGAACCAGGGUUCUUAUUGUGUGCAUUGAGGAUGCCCCACAGUGCAGCAUGCACCUGGUGCACCACCUCUUCUGCAUCCCCUGGGGGGUGAACUGCCUUUGGAAGGGGUUGCAGAGGGUGCCAGGAUUAAUUCAUGCCUGGAAUGAAGGGAUCCCUUAAUAUUUGUCUGUUUUGGCUUUUGAAAGGGGUGUGUGUGUUUUAUUUCCCAUGGAAAUGGCUGCAGGAACAUAACCCUUUGUGUCCAGAUGUCCUCGGCUGUUCCACCUUCCUCCCAUCAACCUUAUUAUGGCAUCAGCAAGAAGAGGUUGUGUUGGGGGGGUCAGGACUCUCCUCCUCCAGUUACUGCUGACCUCAUGUCACCUUUCAGUUCCCUUAGCUGCUGGCCUGAAGGUGCCUGCAUUCUCUGGCACAGGGUGGGCACAGGUGAUGCCCAGCUGCCCACAGAGAAGCCUCCAUCACCUUUUGCAUCCCCUCUCUGUGCUGCCCAAACUCAGAUGUACGUCAGGACAUCACCUGCCGUGAGAGCCUCCCUGAGUGGAGGAUGGAGGGGUGAAAGUGCUGGAUGGAGAUGGGGUGAGGAUUCUGUGCUCUCCAGUCCUUGCCUUGCUGUUGUGCUACUUUGCCCCCCUUCUCCUGAGCAGGGAGGGAUGGUGGGAUGCUGGUGGCACCCAUGGGCAUCCCACAGGAUGGGGCUGGGGCAGAGCUGCCCACCCCUCCGGAGCCACUGGAAAAUAAUGGGGGAAAUUCAUUAAAAGCAAAUCAAUAAAAGCAAAGCCAAACAGAACAACUCCCUGGGGAUGGCGGGCCAGGGGCGGGCAGGGAUGUGCCGGUGCCCCCCCAGAGGACCUCGCCGUGGGCAGUGAGCGGGCUGGCUGCCUGCACUACCCCCCGCCCCCCCCCCCCAUGCUUUAAUCACAUUUUCAAUUCAAAUCUGCUGCUAUUUGAUCCUCUGGGGGUGGCGGCGGGGAGGGGAAGGGGGGGGGAGAAUAUUUUUAGCUGUGCUUAAAGCUGCCGGGGCUGAGGGAGAUCGUGCAGGUUGCUGUGGCCGGGCAGAGUUGGACGGGAUCCCCCCGCCCCCCCCCCCCCGCCUCGUCUUUUUCUUCCUCCUCCUCCUCCUCUUUGCACAUCCGAGGGCGGCAGCGGGGCCGGCUCCCCCCUCCCGGAGGUCGCCUUUGUUUUCCCGGUGUCGCUCUUCCGAGCAGCCGGGGGGGCGGAGGGGGCUGGGCCGGCCGCCCCUGCUCCUCCUCGCCCCGCCGGAGCCCGCGGAGUUGUGCCGUGCCGCCGGGCAGCACUUUGCCCCCCAGCCCGGGGCUGAGCAGCCGCCGCCCCCCGGGACCCUCAUGGCACCGCCGCGAUGUUCGUGUCCCGGGUCCUGGAUUUCCAGAAGACGCGCUAUGCCAGGUUCAUGAAUCACCGUGUCCCAUCCAACUGCAGGUACCAGCCGACGGAGUACGAGCAUGCGGCGAACUGUGCCACCCACGCAUUCUGGAUCCUGCCCAGCAUCCUUGGCAGCUCCAUCCUCUACAUCCUCUCUGAUGACCGGUGGGAAACUAUCUCAGCCUGGAUCUAUGGCUUUGGCUUGUCCAGCCUCUUCAUCGUCUCCACCAUCUUCCACACCAUCUCCUGGAAGAAGAGACAUCUCAGGUACCAGCCCUGGUUGCUCGGGGCUCGGGAAGGGGGAGAGGGUCUGGAGGCCCCUGGUGCUGCAGGCUGUGACCCAUCUGUCUGCCCGUUCUGCAGGACCGUGGAGCACUGCUUGCACAUGUUCGACAGGAUGGUGAUCUACUUCUUCAUCGCAGCUUCGUACGCUCCCUGGCUGAACCUGAGGGAGCUGGGUCCCUGGGCCUCUCACAUGCGCUGGAUCAUCUGGAUCAUGGCAUCUAUCGGGACUGUCUACGUCUUCUUCUUCCAUGAGCGGUACAAGCUGGUGGAGCUGGUGUGCUACGUUAUCAUGGGCUUCUUCCCUGCCUUGGUCAUCCUCUCCAUGCCCAACAGGGAUGGCCUCCCAGAGCUGGUGGCCGGCGGACUCUUCUACUGCCUGGGCAUGGUCUUCUUCAAAAGUGACGGCCGCAUCCCCUUCGCCCAUGCCAUCUGGCACCUCUUCGUGGCCAUCGGAGCUGGCAUUCACUACUAUGCCAUUUGGAGGUACCUCUACCAGCCUGGCACGCUGGAGGCUAAAACAUCCCGUUAGACGCCUUAAAGACAUCGUUUGUGCCAACUGGCACAUGGGGGCAUGGAGAGGAGCGAGGAGGCAGCCUGUGCCAUGGGCUUGCCCCAAACCACCUGUUCGCCCCAUGGGCAGCAGCUGCUGAUGCCCUUCCCGCACAAACAGGCGAGCCAGGAGGUUGUUUUUAAACAGAUUUUUUCUUUUUUAAUCUCGGGAACUGUUUAUUGUUUUUAGGCAAAGGUUUGGUAAUGUGGUGACCAGCUGAUGGGCUGCAGGCAAUAGGGAAGCGACCACUCGCUGGCGGGUUUGGGGAGGCUUCGCUUAUCUGCCUGGCCCCGAGCAUCCCAUGGGAAUGGAGACCCUUGCCCCACCCACCCCUGGCUAGUGACACCCUGGGUUUGGCUACUGAAGCCCUUAGCAUGGGCUACCCAGGGGGCUGGAGGAGUUGGGAGGGCGGGAGAGACCUGGCCUCUUUCCUCUGGGAUGCCUGGGCAUGUGGCUGCCCCAGCCAGGGAGGGGGACAUGGUGGCAUUCCUGCAACACCCAGGACCUAAAUGGUCCUAAGUCACGUCAACACUAACUGCCCCCUCCCAGGUUCUUGAUGGGGAGGUCCGGAGUCAAAGCCUUACAUGAGAUCGAAACUUGAAUCUCUUCCAGGGUGCCCCAGAGUCCCCGAGCACUGGAAAACCCUUUCUCUAAGCCAGUAUUAAGUGCACAAGUUGGUACGUGCCCCCUAGACGAGUGCCCUGGGAGCCCCCAUGGACACCUUCUCCCUGGGGUGCUUUGUUUUCCUCUCCAGCCUCGGUGGUGGCAGCC